CGGGCGCCGGACCCCCAGGCGGAGCGACAGGUCUCGGGCCCUCAGGCGGAGCGGCGGGCGCCGGACCCCCAGGCGGAGCGACAGGUCUCGGGCCCUCAGGCGGAGCGGCGGGCGCCGGACCCCCAGGAGGAGCGACAGGUCUCGGGCCCUCAGGCGGAGCGGGCGGGCGCCGGACCCCCAGGCGGAGCGGCGGGCACCGAGACACCAGGCACGACAGUGGGCUCCGAGUCAACUGGUAUGACCGCAGGCACUGGGUCAGACAUUGGAUGGUCUGGCUGGACAGCGGGCAUCGGGUCACCAGGCAUCAGGUCAUUUGGCUCGACAGCGGGCACCGCGUCAUCUGGCAAGGCAGUGGGCUCCGAGUCAACUGGUAUGAUGACCGCGGGCACUGGGUCAGACAUUGGAUCGUCUGACCGGACAGCGGGCAUCGGGUCACCAGGCAUCAGGUCAUUUGGCUCGACCGCGGGCACCGCGUCAUCUGGCAAGGCCGUGGGCUCCGAGUCA